CGUGUCAAAUUUGUCUAAUCGACCCUUUUCCAAACAGUUGUGUCACCUAGCUAGACUUUUUUAGAUCUGAUUUUCUACUUGAUUGCCUUCUUACAGAGACCCUCAGUAUGACUGACAGCGAGGAAGACUUUUCAGGCAGUGAUGAGGAAGACAGUGAAGUUGAUGAAGAUGUAGAUGAUUACCCCUCGUCCAAAAGGCCUCGAAUAGCUAACAGAUUUAUCAUAGAUGAAGCUGAGGAGGACGAUGAAGAAGACGAUGAGGAGGAGGCGGAACCUGGUUUUGAGAACAUGGUUGACCGAGGUAGCCGUACCCUGUACAACGAACCAAGAGCGGAAGAUAUAAGUUCUGCUCGUAAGCUGGACAUUGGGCAUCUGUUGAACAACGAAGAUGAGGAGAAGUUGGAACAGUACUAUCGAGAGAAAUAUGCCAGCACUGCAUCCACAAGCUAUGGUGAGUCUUCUGAACAAUCUGGAGAGAUUCAACAACAGAGGCUAUUGCCUGGAGUCAAGGACCCGAACCUGUGGACAGUCAAGUGUCGUAUUGGGACUGAAAAGGAGACGGCCAUGACUCUGAUGAGGAAGUGUAUCUCUCUCAUGUCCACUGAAAAUCCUCUUCAGAUCAAGUCAGCAGUGGCCGUGGAAGGUCUCAAAGGCUACAUUUAUAUCGAGGCGUUCAAACAGCAGCACGUGAAGCAAGCCAUUGAGGACAUUGGUAACCUAAAGAUUGGAAAAUGGCAGCAACUCAUGGUGCCCAUCAAGGAGAUGACGGAUGUCCUGCGUGUUGUCAAGGACACCAAUGCACUCAAAAGGGGCUCAUGGGUGAGGAUUAAACGCUCCAUCUACAAGGACGACAUUGCUCAAGUGGACUAUGUGGACUCGUCUCGUAACCAGGUAGUCCUCAAGAUGAUCCCUCGUAUCGACUACACCCGCAAGAGGGGAGUGCUCCGUAGCUCCGAUGAGGAGGGCAGAAAAAGGAGAAGAGGACGGCCACCAGCCAAGCUCUUCGACCCAGAGGCCAUCAGGGCUAUAGGAGGUGAGAUCAACCAUGACGGGGACUUCCUAGUGUUUGAGAGCAACCAUUUCAGAAAUGGGUUCAUGUACAAAAGCUUCGGCAUGGGUGCCAUACUCCACGAUGGUGUACGACCCACCCUACAAGAGCUGGAGAAGUUUGAGGCCACACCCGAAGAGGUGGAGCUAGAGGGUUCUGCUGGUGGUGAGUCUAGUGGGUCAGGCAAGGGGGGCUCGUCUCUAGCACUACAGCCUGGGGACGUGGUGGAGGUGGUGGAGGGGGACCUCAUGAACCUACAGGGAAAGGUCAUCUCCGUGGAGAUGGAUACUGUCACCAUCAUGCCAAAACACGAGGACCUCAAGGACCCCCUAGAGUUUCAGGCUCGAGAGCUACGCAAGUAUUUUGUGGUGGGUGAUCAUGUGAAGGUAGUUGCCGGGAGACACGAAGCAGAGACUGGAUUGGUGGUCAGGAUUGAGCCCAACCUAGCAGUGCUCCUCUCUGACCUCACCUACAAUGAGUUGAAAGUUCGUCCACGAGACCUGCAGCUGUGUCAGGAGACAAGCAGUGGAGUGGACUCAUCCGGUCACUACCAGCUGGGGGACCUGGUCCAGUUAGAUCAACAGACGGUGGGUGUGAUUGUCCGACUGGAAAAAGAGGUGUUCAAAGUGCUGACUCAGCACGGCAAAGAGGUCACUGUACCACAACAUGCCAUCCAGCCACGCAAGACGAGAGCCGUUGCCCUCGACAACAAGGGAAACUCAAUCACAUCUCGUGACAUCAUCAAGGUGGUGUCUGGUCCUCAUCAGAACAAGGAGGGAGAGAUAAAGCACGUGUACCGUGGCAAUGUGUUUGUGCAAGCCAGACAAGUGCUGGAAAAUGCUGGGAUCAUUGCAUGCAAGGCUAAACAUGUGGAGCUGGCCGGUGGUACAAGCAACGCCAUGGCAACUGUGGGGACCUUCGUACCUCAGUCACCACGACUACACAGCCCUGCCCCUCAUAGGGGUCAAGGUGGUGGUGGUGGUGGUGGAGGUGGGCGUGGUGGUAGAGGGGGUGGGGGUCCCAAAGGUGGGCGUGACUCUACGAUCAUUGGCAAGACGGUGCGUGUGAUUCAGGGUCCGUACAAAGGUUACGUGGGUAUCAUCAAGGACGCCACUGAGAGUACUGCUAGAGUGGAGCUGCACACAAGCUGUAAGACCAUCUCAGUGGAUCGCCAGAGACUCUCUAUCAUAUCUGGUCAGGAACGUACUGGUAUGACAUCAUCAUGGGGUAGGACCCCCUCGUUUGGAUCCCAGACUCCCAUGGUGGGCAGUAUGACCCCCAGCUACUCAAUGACCCCCAUGCACGGUGCAGGGAGUAGGACUCCAAUGUACGGCUCUCAUACACCCAUGCACGACGGUGGUCGUACCCCGAGCUAUGGGUACAUGACCCCCUCCCAUGAUCCCUCUCAGACCCCCCAGCAUGGCGGCAGUGCCUGGGACCCCAGUGUGGCAAACACUCCAGCAAGACCUGAUGAGUGGAACUACAACUACGACACCUCCACACCAUCACCUGCAACGUAUGCGAACCCUGCGACCCCUGGAGGUCCCAGCUAUGACAACCCUGCCACGCCCAGUCCGAUGGUCCCAGAGUCCCCCCAGUCCGGGGGUCCGUACGGCUCCUCCCAGUAUGGCACUCGUACUCCCAUAUACAGCUCUGAGUACAUGACCCCCUCCCCGGGGAUUUCCCCUCUCACCCCCGGCACUGAUUACAGUCCUCGUACACCAGGCAGUCCCAUGGAGCAGAUUGCUGAUGACAAGCUGCCCUCAGACAUUGAAGUGCUCAUCAGUGAGAAUUAUGAUGACCACCAGUACGCUGGUAAGAAUGGAGUAGUGAGAGCUAUCAUGAACAACAUAGCCAGUGUGUAUCUCUAUGACGAUGGACAGGAGAUAGACGUGCCCACCAGAUCCAUUGAGCCCACUGCUCCGAGCAAGUUUGACAAGGUGAAGGGGAUCACGGGUCCAAACAGAGGUUACGUAGGGACACUCAUCAACAUUGACGAGGGGGACGGGAUCGUUAAACUGGAUGCUGACUCAGCACUCAAAAUUAUCAGUCUCAACCAGCUGGCCAAGUACGUGCCUCGUCACUAAACUUUGAACCUUGAACUUUAGUUAUUGAUUUAAAUAAGACAUUGAUAACUUAUGGUAGUAUAUUUUGAUCAGUUACUGUAUGACUGUACACAUCACGCGACAUGCUGUCAUUACAAUAUUAUUAUUGACAAUUUAUUGAUAAUGCUUCAUAACA